AUGGGCAAUUUGACUUUCUCGUACGCCCACCUUGUGGCCAUCACCAUCCUCGUACCAACGAUACGACACCUCUACCUUGAUUACCAAAGCUUCAUCGCAUUGGGACCCGGAGGCACGCCAAAGACUAUCAUGGGCUAUUGCAAAGUCAAGACACUAGGCAUGUUUGCUCUCCGUGACCCAUACGCCGCACCCAAGGUGCCGUGGUCUAUGACACAAAAGGAAGGCUGUUUGUCGACCCUACCACAGCGAGAAGGUCCUCGUCCGUCAACUCUGGGUAUAGCGCCUCAUCGCCAGGUUAACCAGAUACCACCGCAGAGAAUGUACGAAAAGCUAGCCGAAGCGAUACACACCAUCACCGUGGACAACGCAAGUCUCCAUGAAGGAACAUCGUGUUUCGAAAAGCACGGCACUGGCUUGUUCACCGUCACCCCACAACGACGGACCUGCGGAGGAGAAAUCUGCCAUGCUCAUCCUUCGGAUGGAUCCUUGCAUCUGACACUACAUCCUGCAGACGCGAAGAUCAUGCUCGAGGGCGGCUGGGGUGAAAGACAUCCUCUAGCAAGAGGCGGUUGGCUAGAAAGAUUUGUUCCUGGAGGAUUCGUCAUGAUCUAUGCGCCUCGCAACGACGACGAGCUCAAAGUGGUGCUGGAAAUUGUGCGCGCUGCGGCAUGGUAUGUGGCAGGCGAAGACAUCAAGAGCGAGCAUGACAAGCGCAGAGAUAGUGGCCAGGCAGAAGACCUCUCAUGGUGA